CACGGAACACGUGUCAGUCCACAUUAUAACCCCAUUCUCUAUCUCCAUCAUCGCUUUAAACCCAACACUUUCCCAUCCCCUUACUCCUCCAAACUUUCCCGGUUCCAUUUCGCCGGAAUAAUCGUUCCUUCUCAUGCUUCCGAAAUCAGUUCCCUCAGCGGUACCCCAACCCAAAACACUUGCUUCCAAAAUCACCCUAACUUCUUCCCUCACCUCCCUCCUCCAACCCCAAAACCCUCGCACAUGGAUCCUCUUCACCGUCCUCUUCAUCCAGAUCCUCCUCCUCUGCAACCUCCAUAGCUUCCCUUCCUCAAUUCCCCCUCCCCUCUCUCCCAUCCCCGCCGCCACCGACACCGACACCGACACCAUCACCACCACCGUACACCACUCCACCCGCACCCUCGACCAAUGCGGCUCCGGCAAGGUCUUCGUCUACGACCUCCCCCAAACCUUCAACAACGAAAUCCUCCUCCAUUGCGACAACCUCAACCCCUGGAGCUCCCGCUGCGACGCCCUCUCCAACGACGCCUUCGGCCGAAGCGCCGCUGCGCUCGCCGGAAUCGUCCCGGAGGAUCUCCUCCCGGCGUGGCACUGGACUGACCAGUUCGUAACCGAAAUCAUAUUCCACAACAGAUUAAUAAACCACAAGUGUAGGGUUAUGGAACCUGAAUCCGCUACGGCGUUCUACAUGCCGUUCUACGCUGGACUCGCGGUGGGGAAGUACCUCUGGUUCAACUCCACCGCAGAGGAACGCGAUCGCCACUGCGACAUGAUGCUGCAAUGGAUUCAGGACCAACCGUUUUUUAAAAGAUCAAACGGUUGGGAUCAUUUUAUCAGCAUGGGCCGCAUCACGUGGGAUUUUCGCCGCUCCAAGGACAAGGAUUGGGGUUCUAGCUGCCUCUACAAGCCAGGGAUAAGAAACGUCACGCGCCUUCUCAUCGAGCGUAACCCUUGGGACUAUUUUGACGUAGGUGUUCCCUAUCCCACCGGAUUCCACCCCCGCUCAAAAUCCGACGUUACGCGCUGGCAGAGCUUCCUUCGAGAGCGUCAGCGCCACGCGCUCUUCUGCUUCGCCGGCGCGCCGCGCCGCGCCUUCCCCGACGACUUUAGGGGACUUCUGCUGAGUCAGUGCCGCGACUCGGGCGAGUCGUGCCGCGCCGUGAACUGCACCGGGACGCGGUGCUCCAACGGCACGUCGGCGAUUAUGGAAACCUUUCUAGACUCGGAUUUCUGCUUGCAGCCGAGAGGGGACAGCUUCACGCGCCGCUCCAUUUUUGACUGCAUGGUGGCCGGUUCGAUUCCGGUUUUUUUCUGGCGGCGAACCGCGUAUUUGCAGUACGAGUGGUUCUUGCCGGUCGAACCGGAGAGUUAUUCGGUUUUCAUAGACCGGAACGCGGUGAAGAAUGGAACCUUAACCGUGAAAAACGUGCUCGAGAAGUUCACGAAAGAGGAGGUGAGGAAGAUGAGGGAGAAAGUAAUUGAGUACAUUCCGAGGUUGGUUUACGCAAACACGAAACAAGGGUUAGAUGGUGUGGAGGACGCUUUCGAUGUUGCCAUCGAAGGAGUGUUCAAAAGGAUUAAGGAACAGGAACAACCGCAGUUUCAUAAGUGGAAAUAACGGCGAUGCAAUGCUUCUUCGUUCGUCUUAGAUUUAGGAGAAUUAUUAUAAAUAAAUAAAUGAAAAAAUACGAUAUGUUUUAUUCAGGUGAAUUCCCUAGGAUAGAGUUUCAUUUUUUUUUCUUUCUAUUUUCUUACACGUGUUAUUUAUAUAUAGAUGCACAAUGAGAUCGAUGUAUGUACCAUAUUAAUAUUGAUAUUUAUAUUGCGAUUCUUUUCACUACGAUGAA